GUUACUGGACGCGUCAACACAAGCCUCAACUUAUAAACUAAAGUCCGAGCGAGUUGACUGCAGUAUCACAUUAUACUUCUCGGUGUAACUACAUACAUAUAUAUUAAAAAAAAUAACAAUCGAACCUUUUAAAAAUGCAAACAUUGUGGAUCUUUGUUAUUCUGGCAGUAUUAAGCAAUGAAGCUCUUGGCAUGAGCUACAGACAGAAAAGGCAAAAUGAAGGAAGCGAAGAGGAUUUAGAAGAUAGAUAUGGGUGGAAUCGGCCGAACUACCCUCGUUUUCCUCAGCGCCCAUGGAGGCCUAACCCGAAUCAAUUCCCUCAACCGCGUCCGACACCAGACCAGGGUCAAGGUCAAUCUACAAUAACAACAGCAGCAUCGCCUACCACUAAUGCAAAUACCGCUAACGAUGCCAAUAUACAGGCGUGCAUCCGAACCUGCCCCGUGACAACGGAAUACAAUCCAGUGUGCGGCACUAAUAGCGUUACCUAUGACAAUCCUAGCAGAUUGAAUUGCGCGCAAGCUUGCGGAGUCAGUGUGUCUUUACUGAGAUCAUCGCGGUGUCCACCAGCGACACCAGCUCAAUAGACUAUAAUUUAGUUAUUAUUAAGUAAAUAAUGGAAAAAAUAAAUUAAACUUAUUUAAAUUA